GAGUGAAAGAAGAGAAGAGAGGAGAAGAGAUAGCUCGGGAAAGGGCGAGGGGAAGUGCGUUUAUCGCUAUCGCCGACACAAAGCCCUUGGAAAAACGGAGCGGCGUUCACCACUUUACCAAAAACUACUGGCUCUGACUUACCUUUAUCGACGCCUUUGGAAGUUGAGAAUACACUGAGCCAAUCAAGAACCGCUGGAGCAGCUUGUUGGACCUAGACUCUGCAGGAAGGUAGAUCUCCAGGACCAGGGUCGGUGACCACUGGCCUAGACAUUGUCCACGAUGUGUUCUCAGUCCAGACUAUAACCCGAGCUUUCUGAACUUCGUCUCUUCGACUUUCUCCAACUGCCACAUCAUAUCAGCAGCAAUGGCCCAGGAGACCAAUCAGAGUCCAGUACCCAUCCUGUGCACCACAGGCUGCGGUUUCUACGGCAACCCCAGGACGAACGGGAUGUGCUCUGUCUGCUAUAAGGAGCACCUGAGCAGACAGCAAAGCAGUGACCGCAGUCCUGUGAGCCCUCUGGCAGGCAGUCCCUCGUCGGAGGCCACAGCAAUCCAGAGACUAGAAGCCAGCCUAAACAAAACAGAGCCAUCAUCUGCAGCCAACAUAGAGUCCAUGAGAGAAAACAUGCCUGCGGCCUCCUUGCCUGUAACGCAACAGAUGACGGAGAUGAGCAUCUCCAGAGAAGAGAAGAACCCGUCUCCCAAACCGGACACUGUGGAACCAGUCGUGACCCAGCCCACUUCCUCCUACUCGCCGGUGGCCGGGGCUCAGGCCAGCGACGAGGGAAAGAGUCCAGACGCCUCCAAGCCCAAAAAGAACCGCUGCUUCACCUGCCGCAAGAGGGUGGGGUUGACAGGUUUUGACUGCAGAUGCGGCAACCUCUUCUGCGGGAUCCAUCGGUACUCGGACAAACACAACUGCACGUACGACUACAAAGCGGAGGCGGCCGCCAAGAUCCGCAAGGAAAACCCCGUGGUGGUGGCGGACAAAAUCCAGAGAAUAUAAGCGUUGGUCAUCUUCAUCGCAUGGAGGGAGGGAGAGCUGCUUAGAAGAGGAAGCGAGCGGAGAAAAGAACGCGGCUACGUGCUUAAUGGACUUUUUCUAUCACAACCUUGAGAAAGAAGGGGGCGGGGGGCAACUGUCCUGUGUGAGGAUGAUGCAUGAAUGAACUUCUGUCUUAUUAAUGUUUCUUUCCUUUUGCGCUCUCUCAUCUGCUGCGGAGUGUGUGCUGGUUCCUCUCCAUGUUUUUUUUUUUUUUUUUCCUCGUCUUUCCUAAAGCGUAGAUCAGGACACCUUUCAGGAAAUCGUACCUUUUUUGUUUUUCCCCUCAUUGCCUCUAUGGCGGACGCUUUGUGCCAAAUUGUGGCCAUGUACUGUCGUGUUGCGUGGAUGUGAACAGGCGGUUGUUGUCAAAUGCGUAUACUUUCGAAAAAGGGGGCGUGUCCCAGAAGGUCCAUGUUUGUGGAUCUUUUGGAUCUACGUUUGGAUCUAUAGGCUAUUACAUAUAUAUAAAUGAUUUUUUUUCCCUUGGUGUUCCACUCAAGUGUGCUAUUAAAAAAAAAAAAAAAAAAAAAAA